GGGAGAGCGGGGCGCGCCAGCCGAGCCCGCUGCUCACCUGCCGCCGCGCCGCUCACCUGCCGGGGAGCGCGCGCGCCCCGCGCCCUCCGGGCCCCUCCCGAGCGGGGCCGCCGCCUCUCGCCGCCGCGGGCACCGGCGCCGACAUGUGAUGCGAGUAGCCCGGGCGCCUCGGAAGCACCAGAGGAGCGCCCCCCUCCCCGGCCUGGGCGCGCCAAGAGGACAGGGGUUAAAAUGAAUGAAGACCUGAAGGUCAAUGUAAGCGGGCUGCCUCGGGAUUCUGUAGAUGCCGCUGCCUCGGAGAACGUCUCGGCCGCUGCCUCUUCACAGGUGCCCGCCGUACAGCCAGAGCCCGAGCUGGCAGUGAACCCCUGGGACAUUGUCCUGUGCAGCUCAGGAACCCUCAUCUCCUGUGAAAAUGCCAUUGUGGUCCUCGUCAUCUUCCACAAUCCCAGCCUGCGAGCACCCAUGUUCCUGCUUAUAGGCAGCCUGGCCCUGGCGGACCUGCUGGCCGGCCUCGGCCUCAUCAUCAACUUUGUGUUUGCCUACCUGCUGCAGUCCGACGCCACCAAGCUGGUCACCAUCGGCCUCAUUGUCGCCUCUUUCUCUGCCUCUGUCUGCAGCUUGCUGGCCAUCACCGUGGACCGCUACCUCUCCCUGUAUUACGCCCUGACCUACCACUCGGAGAGGACGGUCACGUUCACCUACGCCAUGCUCGUCGUGCUCUGGGGGACCUCCAUCUGCCUGGGGCUGCUGCCCGUCCUGGGCUGGAACUGCCUGCGAGACGAAUCCACCUGCAGCGUGGUCAGGCCGCUCACCAAGAACAACGCGGCUAUCCUCUCCGUCUCCUUCCUCUUCAUGUUCGCGCUCAUGCUGCAGCUCUACGUACAGAUCUGUAAGAUUGUGAUGAGGCACGCCCACCAGAUAGCCCUGCAGCACCACUUCCUGGCCACGUCGCACUACGUGACCACCCGCAAAGGUGUCUCUACGCUGGCCAUCAUCCUGGGGACCUUUGCUGCCUGCUGGAUGCCUUUCACCCUCUACUCCCUGAUAGCAGAUUAUACCUACCCCUCCAUCUACACCUACGCCACCCUCCUCCCAGCCACCUACAAUUCCAUCAUCAACCCCGUCAUCUACGCUUUCAGAAACCAAGAGAUCCAGAAAGCCCUCUGCCUUGUGUGCUGCGGCUGCAUCCCAUCCGCCCUGUCCCAGAGAGCACGGUCGCCCAGCGACGUGUAGGCAGGCACCGGUCCCCCGCGGGAGGACGCUGGACCGACCGAGCCUUCUGCUGCCCCACCCGGGGGUGAGUUGCCCCGUUGCGUUCUCAGCGCUGGGUCUUUCUCCAGCCACAGGAGCACAUGGCAUUUGUGAAGCAAUGACAUCGUUCAGAUGAGUUAAGUGAAAAAAAAAAAAAAAUGUGACCAGUGUUUUCACCUUUUUUUGAAAAAAAAAAAUUGUCAAGUUCUUUGCUCAAUAUGAUUUUGUUGUUGGACGACAGAGGUUUUGUUUUAUAUUUUGUUUGGAGGGGUGGGAAAGGAGCUGAUACGACAUGGCCAUGAUGUUAAAAAUGUAAAUGAGUUCUUGGGUUUUUUUUUUUAACCUGGACUUUAAAAUAAACGUGAGUUAUUAAGGAAAAUGGAGAAGGAAUUACUUUUCCCAGCCUCUUGAAAACAAAAACCAAGGUAGAUUUUCAGUGCUGCAUGUUGUAUCUUUCAAAACAACAAAAGUAGUUGACAUAAUUAUGCUUGGAAGCAGCCUGCUUUUGUUGACAUGAACUCAGUCCUAGGUUGCCAGCACUGGAGGCGUGAGCCCAUUCUUACUCACUCUUUCUUUUCAGCAAUUCCCAUGCAUAAGGAUGAUUUUAGUAUUUCUGUCAAUGCUGCAGCUCCUUCUGCGUGUUUGCCUGUGUUCGUGAGACCUCUGGUUUCAAAUGUUGCUGUGCAAAUCCAGAAUCAAAGGAGUCGUUUUUCAAGAAGUGCUUCCUAAAAUAACUCACGAAAUACGUUUUGACUUUUCCUGUGAGCUAAGAUCCAACCAUUUGGUUUCUUAAGCUGCAGUCUGAUUCUUUUCAGGAAAAAAAAAUCAAUACAAUCCCUUAAAAGUUGAUUCCGUGUAUUUCAGGAUAUUCUGAAAAAAUAAGCUAGUGUGACAAUAUCAUGAAAUAUGAAAACAUCACGUUUCUUAUCUCCCUGUGUCUAGGAAUAUAUUAUAGUUGGUCUCGACUGAGACUAAUAGAAUUAAAUAUCAUAGACCAGGUUUUCCCGGUUCACGUUAUGCUGCAAAAUGCAUUUGAAGCAGGCAGUGUCCUAGCUUCACAAGCAGGCUUGUGAGUGUGAUUGUGACAUACAUCCUGUAUGUUCACAAGCUGAAUGACCGUGUCGUUGCUUAGGAAAAGUUACCUUCACAUUCCUUUUCCUUCUUUCUUCCAAAAAGCAACUUCCAUGCAGCGAGGACUGUACUGCUGGUUUUCCAAGAACUAGGAUGUAGCCAGGAAAGUAUGCACAGGAACUAAUUUUAAUCAUAUUGUAAGGCUCCCUGUGUCUGAGCGUGCUUUCUGUGAGUGCAGACAGAUGUACACAGAGGCACCUUCCCUCUGUGUGCAGUGGGUUUAUAGCUGCGUCUGAACAACCAGUGAAAGGAUUUCUGGACAGCAUGUCAACUUAGCCCAUUUGGAUGGCUGCACAACCAGUAUUUCUGGGUCCUUAGGUGGGGGCAGGGGAGAUAGCUUGUAAGAGAUUAACCUCAUUGGUUUGUCCCAGACAUUAUGCCCAUAAUAUCACAGGAGCAUUCUGGUAGCCUGUGUCAUGACGCAUCCAUCCAAAGCCUUUUCUGAUGGAGCACGGGUAUCCCCUCCCUGAGGUUCCUUACGCAGCAGGAGAGGGACUGAAAUACUUAAGUAGGAAAGGACCUUCCAUACACAGCACUGUAUGAUCAAUCUAAACAAGUUGAUGCCUUUAAAGCAUGUAUGUGGAACACUUGGUGGGCUUGGUAGAUUGGAUAGGAUGUGUGUUUGCUUUUAAUCAUUUGAAAUCUAAUGGCACCUCCAUGGGAGACUUGACUAGGGUAGGUCGGUUUUGAUGCUGGCUGGUAUACAUCCCUGUGAGGUUUUAAAGCAAUAAAAAUGAUGCUUUUGCCGACAUGGUGGCACCCACUUGCCUGUCUCUAACAGGGACAGUCACAAUGACACUACUUCAGCUGUUACGUAUCGUGUGCUAGGCCCCUGCUAGAGACUUCUCCUGUUUUUUUUUUUUUUUUCUUUUAAUUGGUUUUGUUUUGCUGUAGUCAGAGAAACACAUUUUUACAGGUAAGGAAACUAAAAGAGGAGAGGCCAAGAGAUUUGUCCAAGGCCACAGAGCCGCAAAGGCAGCACGGAGAUUUGAAGCCAGGUUUUCAAAAAGUCUGAGUCUUGCGCCUGCCCAGCCUGUGCUGUCUGCAUCCCUCACUGAAUAUGAGGGCUGAGGACACCACUUGCAUGUGGUGGGACCUCAGUGUGCCCCUGCUUGAAGGAAGUCUGGUCUGGUCUGGUCUGGUCUGGUCUGGUUUGGCUUAGUUUGGUGCCCUUAAGGCAGCAGGUCCUGGUCUUGUAGGUACUAAUGAAGUGGCUGCUUUUUAAAUUAAUUAAUCUAUUUAUUUAUUUAUUUAGGAAAAGAGCUUUAUCUUUUUUUUUUUUUUUCUGACAGGCAGAGUGGACAGUGAGAGAGAGAGAGAGAAAGGUCUUCCUUUGCCGUUGGUUCACCCUCCAAUGGCUGCCACGGCUGGCGCGCUGUGGCCGGCGCACUGCGCUGAUCCGAAGGCAGGAGCCAGGUGCUUCUCCUGGUCUCCCAUGGGGUGCAGGGCCCAAGGACUUGGGCCAUCCUCCACUGCACUCCCUGGCCACAGCAGAGAGCUGGCCUGGAAGAGGGGCAACCGGGAAAGAAUCCGGCGCCCUGACCAGGACUAGAACCCGGUGUGCCAGGCCGCAAGGCGGAGGAUUAGCCUAGUGAGCCGUGGUGCCAGCCCUUUUUUCUUUUUUAAUAGAAAGCUUUUAUUUAAUAAAAAUAAAUUUCAUAAGUACAACUUCUGGAUUAUAGCAGUUCUUCCUCCCCAUACACGCCUUCCCACCCCCAAACCAUCCCACCUUCUACUCCUUCUCCCAUCCCAAUCUUCAUUUAGAUUCAUUUUUAAUUAUCUUUAUAUACAGAAGAUCAACUCUAUACUAAGUAAAGAUUUCAACAGUUUGAAGUGGCUGCUUUUAAUCAAUGUUUUUAAAAGCCUUAAUUUUAACCAAGAGAGUUUUUUAAUUCAACUAUAAUCUGUCUUUACCAGAAUAAGUCCUUACUAAGUUGUGAAGAUAUUCGGAUGUUUAAGUAGUGUUCUGCAAGAUUUCCUUGUUUCCGUGGAGCAAAUCUAUACACGUGUGUGUGUGUGUGUGUGUGUGCAUAUGAAUACCUAUGUUCAAUAAUGUUAACCUGCCAAUGGACAAAUGUAGCAUGCUACCUGAGGUAGCACGUUCUCUCUUACUCCCAGUACAUAAGAUUUCUGACAACCAAGGAAUGCGCAUUAUUUCCAGUAGAAACAGCUAUCCUAGAAACUAGGGCAAUUCAGGUGCCGCACAGUUGUAGCUGUCCAGGGACUUGUGUCUCUCAUCCUUUAACUCAGUGCUUCUCUGAAUCGGUCGAGUUUGUGUCACGAUUGUAAAGGGCACUGCGUUCAGUCCUGGCACCUGGAGAGGGAGGAGGCAGAGCCCCUCCCUCCCCGGAGGCCUGAAUUAGGUUCUGGAAGGCAGGAUUCCUCGGCUGACUUGUCAUGCAAUAAUAGUCUUAGAUUCCCCCAGGAUUUAACGCAGGAUGGAAACAGGGAGUUUAAAAGGGCAGAUGAGGAAUACAGAUAUUAAUCCCAAUAAAAAUGUCUUAGAGACUUCUGAGACUUUAAGUGUGAAAUCCAUUUUUUUAAAUAAUGAUUUUUAUUUUAUGAUAUAUGGAGUCAGGAUUACAUGCCAUUUCUGAUUUAAAACAUGUAUUAGAAGCAGACAUUUGGUGUAGAGGUUAAGAUAUCACUUGGAUCACCCACAUCCCAUAUCUGGGUGCUUAGGUUUGAGUUCCAGCUCUGCUCUGAAUUCCAGCUUUCAACUAAUACACACCUGGGAGGCAGCAGGUGAUGGCUCAAGUAGUUGGAUCCUUGGCUCCAAGGAUUCAUGGAAUGAACCAGCAGAUGGGAUAACUCUCGCUCUCUCCCUCCCUCUCUCCUUCUCUUUGCCUUUCAAGUUAAAUACAUAUUUAAAAAUAAUAAAAUACAACCCAUACUAAAUGAGUGGCUACUAUAGUGCUGUUGACAGCAGCGCUGACUUUUCCACCUUCAUUGGUGAUGUAAUAAAGGCAUUCUUGUUCCUUUUACAAAUUUUAAUGAUUUUAGAUGGUUUUCAUACCUGGUUAUAACUUUAAAUCUGGUUCAGACUCUCAGAAUCAGCAAACUAAUGGUUUUGCAGGUUGUCAUUAGAAUUAGCAGACAGAUCUGUCUUCUAGCAAACGACGCAGAGGAAAUAUUGUUCACUUUGACUAGUGCUUCCGGAAUGUUAUAUAUGGAAAGGAGUUCUAGAUGGCUUAGGGACCUCAGUGGGGCUGGGGCUAGGGGCAGGGGCAGAGCAGGGGCAGGGCUGAGUCUCUCCUAUGCCUCGGGUACAGAUAGCCCAUUGAUGCCACUUUGAGUCGCAAGGAUAGGUGUCACCCUUUCAGCAUUCUUGACUCACAAAUCAAGUGUUUAUCCUUCUCAGAGGCAAAUAAUUCAUCUAUGUGAAGUGGAUAUGAGCUGUGGAUUCUUCUAGAACUUUUAAGUAGCAGAAACCUACAAAUACAUUUUUCAAGUUUUUACUUUAUAAAAUUGUAAUUAUCAUUACAAUAGCUCUUUCAAAAACUUUGUAUGUAUGUAACGUGUUUCUGUAGGUGUGAGUGAACAUGUGUUGCAAACAAGGUUUGUGCCUCCAUUUUUUCAAGAGAGACAGUUUGCUUGAUGACAUGCCCUUGCCUGCAUGAGAUCAUCGUGAGAUAAUUGAAAUGAGAAUCUUUAUAUCUUUGUUCUCUGGGUUCUGAAAUUCAACUGAAUUCAUCCCAAAGCAACCUUUUCUAGCAAGGUGCAUCAGAGUUUUAGAAUAUCUCCUCUUUGCUUGACAUUUCUCUGUAACCUUUUCCUUUUUCAGCAUCAAAAAUUCUAUUCCUAUUAAGAGAUACAGCAGCCAUUGCUCCUCCUAUGCUCCCCUUCUGCCCUGGGAGGUGAGAAGAUUUUUUUUUAAAUCCAGUAGAAGUAUGUUAAAGUACAUGGUCAAGGUGGAUUUUAACUUACAACUUCAAUGUGUCCCCUGUUUUACUGACAAAACAGAUUUAGGACUUUUUUUCACUGUAAAAAUUCAAGCAUCAGUGAAAAACAUUCCACUGAAAAUAAAUUUGGAGCACAGAUCCUCUUGGAAGUUGAUUGAAUGCACAGUUAAAGACAGAAUAUUUUGAAAGGCAAUAUAGGACCUCUGAUAGAAUUCUUUGUGAAGCCUGGAUUUGCAUCUGCCACCAAAUAGCAUACUUUGAAUCUGUAGGGCUCUCCUUUGAGCUGGUGAAAAUAUCAGCCUUUCGCCUAAGGAGAAACCAUGGCCUCGCUUUUACAGCCAUCCUCAGUUAGUGGAAUAAAACCUAAGGGAAAAUUGGCUCUGAUCCUUCCAGGAUCCUCCUGAGCCAUAAGCAAAUUUGUUCUUGGAUUCCAUAGCACCUAAUAACUGGAAGAAAACUUAUACUUUAUUGUCUAUCAAAUCUAAAUCAUCUAAGUCAAGAUAUUGGAAAUGGACAUUGUGCCUGCCGGGGCUUACGUUUUCUACUUUUGACCUUUGCUGUGACGCCUCCAAUUCUGCUUUGCCCUGGCCCAGCACCUGGAGACACACAGAACCCUCUAACCCCUAGUUGGCCCUUACACCUUUAUAGUGGAGAUAUUCAUUAAGCAAUACUGCUCUCUUCUUCAAAUCAAAUGAUCCCAACUAUGCAAAUCAUUUAUUUCUGAUUUUAUUUUAUAUUCCCUUGAUCAUUUUUCUAAUUUUUUUUCCAUCUCACCCACCAUUUCUCUGCAUGUGUCUUUGGGUCUAGUGAUCAGAAUGGGGGUGCAGUAGCCCACUGCAGGGAGUGCUACGUGGGGCAGGCUGGUGGGUGCCUCUGUGCUGCUCACCGUAGAACAGUGAUUCCUUGAGUAUGGGCCCUGCCAGCAGCAUCAGCCUCUCCCAAGAAUGUGUUUAAAAUGCAGUAUGUCAGGCCUCCACCCAGACAACUGUGGGGUCUCAGCAAUCUGAAUGUGAAGAAGCCCUCCAGGGGAUUCUCAGUCACCCUAGAGUUUAAGGGCUGUGCCAGGAAGCCUGGACCGCAUCCUAGCAUCAGACCGACUUGGCUAAGGACCUUCGUGUCUCAGCAUAACGGGGACCUCCUGGCUUUUCUGCCACAUCUAUGCCUCGGCUCAUACCCCCGUGGCUACUAGGUGUCCUGCCUUGCACUGAUUUCUGUGGAACUUAUAUGUUCAAGGUUAUUUCCUAAUUUGUCAGGCUUGGUUGAACAUCUGCCUCUUCCAUUAGGUUCACAGCACUGUCAUCCACCAUCUGUCACCUACCUCAGAUGGAAGACAAGUCAGUGAGAGGAAAAGAAUCCAAUCAGACUCAUUCUUGGCAUCAUGGAAGACAGUGUUCUUUUCCUUUUCAUGACCUGUAUGAAUUUACCAGAAUAUUCCACGUCAGGGUCUCAGCCAUCCAACCAAGCAACAUCUCUUUGUGCCUCCACAUCUGCCUCCUCUGGCCAUAUGGUUGUGCACACACACCCGAGUGUGUAGUACGGUCACACACUCUUCCCUCCUCUCUCACAGUCCAUACUUGCAAACUACUUUCUCAACACCCAGACCAGAAAUCUUCAUGAGGAUGCCCAGAGAGCCAGAGCAGCUGAUUGAAAGUGCAAUCUUUAGACUCUUUCUGUGGUGCUCCGUAGGCACAGCCUUGGCAAACCCAUGUCAGGACGGAGACACUUCCACGAUUCCGUACUGAGUUCAGCUCCUAGGAUGCACGCUGAUGGACAUCCGCCUCCCACCCUUCCACUCAUCUCCUGAUCCCGUGGUUUACAGUUCUGAAAGACCAGAAAUAAGAGCACUAAACAGAUUCUAGGCAGGGCUUUCCUUAAUUCCAAGAUAGGCUGAGUUCAUGUCAUUUUCACGAGCUCUUUAUCCUUUCAAGUCACUAAAUUGAUUCUGUCAGGCUAGAAUGGUUUGAGAUUCUGAGAACAUAUUUAAAGUGCUCAAAAAAUCUUUUUUUUUUUAAAGGCGUUGUCUUUUUGUAAAUUCCUGACCCAGUUUAAGAAGCAGGAAGCCAGGGCCAGCUUUUGGAGCAGCGGGUUAAGCUGCUGCCUGCAAUCCUGCAAUACUGGCAUCGCAUAUCAGAGUGCAGAUUUGAGUCCUGGCUGCUCCAUUUCCAAUCCAGCUGCCUGUGAAUGCUCUGGGAAGGCAGCAAAUGAUAGCCUCAGUGCUUGGAUCCCUGCCACCCACAUGGGAAACCUGGCCCCUGCUUUUGGAUUGGCCCAGCCCUGGCUUUUGCAGCCAUUUGGAAAGUGAACCAGUGAACGGAAGAUCUCUCUGUGUGUCUCUCCCCCUUUCUCUUGGGGAAAUAAUAAUAAAUAAGUAAAUCUUGGUGGUGGUGGUGGGAGGAAGCAGCAGUAAACCCAGCAAUGCAGCAUUUGAACAGGUUUGGAGAUGGAGAUGGCUUCUCUCCCCCACCAGUGAUCUGCCAUUUCUCAGAUGCAGCUGCAUUUGCACUUGAGACUUUGGAUGUCUCCAAGUGAGAAUCUAGCUCUUUCAGAAACAUCUGAGUCCUGUGGUGAUGACUAAGGUACCUGAAAGACUGGAUUGUGCUGUCCACAGCCCUAACCAGGAGCCUGGCUGAGAGCGCUGAGACAGGCCCACUGGUCCCAGCUCCCCAACAAGUGUUUAUAUCUUAUGCAAAAUUUGCCCUGGGCUCGAGGCUUCCUUCUCCCGCUCCGUCUUCCCACCUCUUAGGAGUACAAGGCAACAAGCCAAGUUCAGGGAGUGCAAAAAGCAGAGGAGGCCCAGGGAUUGGGGACAGGCUAUUGCAAGCUGUUCUCAUUUAAAAAUCGUUCUGAACAAGGUAAUGAAUAGUUUUAGUCCAGGAACACAUGGCAAAUCCUGAAUGUGCUCUCUAGAGCGUGCAUUUGGAGGUGCACUCACUCUCCCCAGCGUUCCCGUGCAGGUGCAAGUCAUUUCUUCCACUGCUCAGACUGUUCCCCCAAGUGACCAGCUGGCUCCUACUGGUUCCCGGAUGUGCCACUGGCUUGAACAGGUUUGUAAAAGAAACCCAAAUGGCUUCAGGUCUCCCACCUCUAGCUGCAACCUUGCUGGAGUAAGCACCCUCAAUGAUACUUGCCAUCUCUUUUGGAGUAAAAGUAGAUGCUUGCAGCUGUAGAGGGAAAAGCCGACAGUUACACAGUCAUCCUCAGUAAUGUAAGAGUGUGGGAUCUAGACUCAGACUCCUGGCGUUCAUGUCCCAUUGAUGUCACUUCCUGCUUUACAGGACUGGGACAAGUUACCUAACCUGUCUGAGCCUCCGAGUCCUGGUUUGCUACAAUGAUCAUGCUACAAGCACCUGCAUCCAGUGCUGGGUGACCUAGGAUCUAUGAAUGGCUUCUUAUGGGUAGACCAGACAAUCUCAACUUACCAUACUGGACUUCACCAUGCAUGAUAGCAAUACCACUCAGUAGAAACCCCACUUGGAAUGCUCAAUUCCUAUCUUUCCUAGCUAGUGCGUGUGUGUGUGUGUGUGUGUGGUCCAGUCCUCUCUCCAUGCAGGGCAGUGGCAGCAGCCACAGCAUCCAGUCAGCCCCUCAGGCAGGCACACAACUCAUCCUCUACAGUGUGCUGUGUGGCUGAGCUGCGAUGUGCGGUAGGUCAGGUGGGUUCCAUACAUUUUCCACUUACAAUGGGUUUAUCCCAACGUAACCCCAUUGUCAAGUUGAGGAGCAUCUGUACAGGGCGCACAUCCACGUGGACACUACUUCCCUUCAGCAGUAUUGUUGCCACAGAUGCUACACCAGUGUGAUUGUUAUUACUGCUUUUCCCAAAGCUGUCAAUUGUGAGUGUGGAGGCCACUCAAAGGUGAACUAGGGACCUACAUGAAACACUUUGUGUUCUUUAUCUCAUGCAACCUUUACACCAACACUAUGACAUGUGCAUUGAAUUUGCCAACAGAAAUAAAGAAACUGAUGUACAGAAAGGUUAAGUGACUUAUCUAAAAUCACAGUCUUUGCUAUGUGGUCACUGUGAACACUUAGAAACAAGCAGUGCCUGCUUAAGAAUUGUCCCGUCAGAUCAGCCAGACAUGGCCUGUGUGUGAGAAGAUGAGACUUUCCCAUGACAGCCCAGGCUCAGGAAUAGGGGGCACUGCAGGCAGGACAGGUGGGCACCAUGGUGACGGUGAGACGCUUUGGGAUCUGAAAGGUGAGACUGGCCCUAGAUACAUAUAAAGAAGGCCAGUGCAUUUUCCCAGGAUACACAGGUGUGAAGGGGAUUAUUCAAAAGAAGGCUGGCUACACAUGGAAAAAAAAUUUAAUGACAUUUAACUUGGAAGAACUCUCAAAAAUAAUUCUGAAUACCUCAUUUUAAUGCAUUUCACUAUAAUCACUAAAAACCCACAUUUCGGCAUUUUGUGAACUUUAAUAAUGUGCAAUUUUAAAAAAUGUAUUCCUCUCUAUGGAAAUCAGCCCAAGUAUAUAUUCAGAAUAAGAGCUUAGUGACCAAAAGUUUGCAUUUGUAUCAACAAGGAUUUGCAUGAAUAAGAAAAUUUUUACUUAAAAAAAAUCCACUUGUUCUACGCAGACUUUUCCAACAGCAAACAUGGCAUAGAGCUUUUCGUUUUGAUGGAUUGGCUGGAUGACCUGGUGAGCGUAGAGUCUACUCUCUCCUGUUGGACAGGGCUUUGCAAGUGCCUCCCUUCGGGAAAGCCCAGACCAGGACAAGCUGUGACCAUGGAGGGCAUUAGCUGGGGGUGCGACAGACCCAGCACCUGCACUUGAACUUGGGAUUCCUCACCCAGAACUUGGUUUGGGGUCAGAUUUUCAUGGACAAGGAAAAACUUGAGAUGUGAACAGCGAUUUCUAGGUUUCAAUAAUUUCUUUCCACUCCUGGCUAUGAGAAAUUACAGUUGGAGUUGAAUAAUAAUUACUGCUAGCACUUUCUGUACUCUGUUCUAAGUGCCACUUGCAGUGUUUUCUUGCUUUGCCUUCAUUUUUCACACUCACAGGGGUAGUACUUGGAAGCAUUAAUUCUAUUAGUGAACAGAAUUAAGAGUACUUCCUGUGUCCCUUCUUCUCCCGGGUCCUCAAAUCCUGUGCUCCACACAUCCCAGGAGCCUAACACACCUUCUUAGGGUCUGGCGGGGUCAAAAAUUCUCCAACAGUGUAUAGGCUGAAGCAUCAGUGUUGCAUCCCAGAAGUCACCGCAUUUCAAUACAGAUUGUAUGAUGUUCAUGUGCCCAAAGUAUCAGUGCCAAACUUGACAAACACACGGGGCAUUGUGAUUCUUUGUCACAUCAGGGCUGGCAAGCCUUAAAGGUCCAAAGGUAUGCAAAGGUCCAGAAUGCGUUUCUGUCCUGCUGAGAGGUUUGGAACCAGCACCAGACUUCACAGCGGGUGUCUUUCCUGCCUUGCUGAGAAGUAAGGAAACCCCACACAUAGCUGGGUGAUGAACUCAUGGAAACAGUAACGACACAACUAUUAUGAGAAGUCACAGCAAAGAGCAAAGUGUAUUGGAUGAUUGCUGCUCCAAUGCAAUAGUGACCAAAUCACUUUACAGGAAUGAGCUCUUCCUAUCUUAUGGUGUUCCAGUGACCUCUGGGCACUUUUAUUGUCUGUUUUAUAAAUAAGGAAGUCAAGAAUGGACACACUUAGAAAUGGACCCAACAUUUAUCUGUUCGUGACAGAUCCGUCUAAUACCACAACGGCAUUCCAUGCUGCUAGACACUCACUGCAGAGUGCCAUCUGUCCUUGAGGACCGACCUGGUUCCCUGCUAGAGUUUGCAUAUGGUUUGAGGAUAUCCCCCAGAGGUUCAUGUGCUAUGCUAGAAGCUUGGUUCCAGUGUAGCAGUGCUAAGGUGUUGGGAUCUUUGAGAGAUUAGAGGCCUCGUGGAAGGUGGUGAUCUCCCUGGGGAUGCUGACCCUGGCAGGGAUUAAUGUGGUUCUCACAGGACCCCCCGUUGUUUCUGCAAUAUGGAGUGAUUAUGGAAAGAGUAACUAACUUGUGAUUACUCUCACAUGUGCUUCCACCAGGCUGGACAUAGCCAGAAGGCUCACCAGAGCCAAACAGAGGAGAGUGCCAUGCUCUUGAACCUCCAGGGCUGUGAGCUAAAUAACCUCUCUUUUCUGUAGCAAGGGCUCGGCCUCAGGUAUUUUAUACAGCAACACACCAUGGAUGAGACAGUGUUUGUCUCUGCCAGACCCCUCUACGUGAUACCUACCAGGAUUGCUGGAGGCUGCUCAGGAUUCCGUUGUUUUAACAGCUCUAAAUAGAAGACCGUCUGCCCCCACAUGUUGGAGCCAGGUGUUCUGCCUCCGCCUGAACACUUGAAUACAAACUAGGUGAACUGCAUUACAGGGUUGCACAGAGACAGUCCCACCCCAGCCUCUACCCGUGACCUCUCGGCUGGGGCAGUGGGGCCCUGGUCUUUUAAACACAAGAUGAUUAUUUCAUGAGUCUCAAGCAAUACCUUUUUCAAAGAAAGCAUAGAGAACAUUUGAAAUUAUAAAAUUAGGGGUAACCUGAAGGACUGCCCAAAUAAGCUAAUCAACAAAACUGGCAUUUUUGUUGAAAGCAGGACAGUGACUUUCUUAGCUUUAUUGAGCAAGAAAAGGGAAAAAGGCAUAGAGAGCCUAUUUUCCAGUCUGCCAAGUUUUCCAGCUUGUUUAGAAGAUGGUCUCUACUUUAUAUUAGAAAAAAGGUUUCACUGAACGUGAUGAAUAUGGACAGUCCAUUUGAGUGGAGCAGUCAGCUCUACUCACUGGCCUCAGGGUCCAAGAAUAAUAACCCUGACUGCAGAACCUCUAGUGAACGCGGACUUCAGUGCUUGGGUGUGUGUGCGUGCGUGCGUGUGUGCAUCAGUGCAGACAUAUCCUCUAUGCAUUCUCAUUUAGGUUUUGGCAAUGAAAAAUUGUGGGGAUACUUAAAAUCAGGCUAUUUUUUCAUGCAGGAGCUAUGAAAUAAACUAAUGGGAGUAGGGUCAAAUUAUUCCAGACUUGUAUUUUUACUACAAAUGUCUAAAAGUACACAGUUCAAUCAUGAAUGGGUUAUUUUUUAUUUAAUUUUCAUUAUUUAAUGGCACAUAUUUAUGGGGUACAGUGUGAUAAUUCAACACAUACAUCCCACAUGUGCAUGAUUUUUUUUCCUGCCAGUGUUGCUGUACAGACUUUGAGUUGCAUAAUUUGAGUUGGCAACUAUCUAUUAUAGGACUAUCAAAUCCCAGCUCUGUCAACUUUAUUUUCUAUUCAUUUUCCUUUUUUUUUGUUUUUAUUUUUAUUUUUUUUUUGACAGGCAGAGUGGACAGUGAGAGACAGAGACAGAGAGAAAGGUCUUCCUUUUCCAUUGGUUCACCCUCCAAUGGCUGCCGCAGCACCGCGCUGAUCCGAUGGCAGGAGCCAGGUACUUAUCCUGGUCUCCCCUGGGGUGCAGGGCCCAAGCACUUGGGCCAUCCUCCACUGCACUCCCAGGCCACAGCAAAGAGCUGGCCUGGAAGAGGGGCAACCGGGACAGAAUCCGGCGCCCCAACCGGGACUAGAACCCUGUGUGCGGGUGCUGCAAGGUGGAGGAUUAGCCUAGUGAGCCACGGCGCAGGCCUCUAUUCAUUUUCAUCAGCUAGAAAAACACUAAAGCAGAACUGUCUGGUGAAACUUUCUAGAAAACCCCUUUCUGCUUCAGUGACUUCUGGCCUCAUGUGGGCAUUGGGCGUUUGAACUGUGACAAGUGUAACCAAGGAACUGGAUUGUGCAUUUUACUUAAUUUUCAUCCACUUAAAUUUGAAAAGCCACAUGUGGCCAGUUUGGGGCAGUGCAAAUGGAAGUAAAACUCAAUUUCCCAUGGAGACAACUCAAGAAAGAUUAUUUUAAAAAAUCACUUCAGGUAUAAUUCUCAAAAUUCAGGCUUCUUUCUCUGUCCUCAUUACUACUCUACCAGCUUGAAAUGAGACAUUACACUCUGCUUCUCAAACAUCUAUCGUGGAACAGUUUUAAAUGGAUGAAUCUUAAAAAUCAGGAGUAAUGAUCACUUUGGCCAAGAAUUACUAGUGCACAAGAUUCACCACGGCCCUUUAAAGAAUAAUAGGCAUGCUUUUCUUCUGCCUUUAAAUAGAAUUCCUUUACAGAAAGUGAAAUGAAAUGUGACAACUCCCAGAACUACAAAGAGAAUUCCGAUGAAUGACACAGCUAAUUCUGUGCCGAGCUCCUGAACGCCGGAGUCCUCCUGUGCCUGUUUUUGUGGCUGUCGUUUGUCUUUGGCGUGGGCUGCAAGGGUCCUCGCCUGUACCGGAGACGUGGAGAUGCUUGCUGAGGCGUGUUAAGGUGGGGCGUGGGACAUGAGGUCAGGCCUGUCUAGACACCAAAGGCCUUUCCUGGUGGCAGCCUCUCUCAAAAACACAGUCUCAGUCUGGGCUUUUAAUUUUCAUUCUUUCUUCUCUAAGCUUCAAAAGGCUCCUGCCAAUCUUUGCCACGAACAGAUCUCAUUAUUGGCCUUGUACUGGCCUUGUCCACAUUUUGUACUGACUGAACCUUCUGUCACCCGGUCUAGGUGUAGUACAUAGCUUCACUUCCCACCCAGCCAGCGAGUUCAGAGGAGAGUGAUGGCUGAGGACUCGGGGUGACAGGCGACAGCUCCUGAGCCGCAGGGCAGGAGGGGAUGUGUCAAAGCUUAGAGUCAGAAACUCUGUGUUCCAGGACUGCUGUGUGAGCUGGCCCCAGACAGGGAGGACAUAAACAAAAAAUGGGGACAGUUAGCUUUCUGCUUUCCCAGGGAGAGUGCACACUCAGGCAGGGGACACAGUAAUGGCACCAUGGUCACAGCCAGCUUCAAGUUCACUAGUCGGAUCACCUGUGACAGUGAAUAUGCUCUCGGUUCCAGUGAAACACUCUGAACUUUGCAGCUCCUAUGCUCCCUUCUCCCCUGCUGAAGGGAGAAAAAAUGCCCAUUCUCUUCCAUGCCUCUCCCUCUCUACACUGCAUAGAAAUGGCUUUCCCUGGGGAACUUAAUUUGCUUGAGUGAUUCCAGCAGGACAGGCACAUGCUGCAAGCCCACCACCUCCAAUGAGAGCAAACAGGGCUAACUCCUUGGGGUGCGCGUGCACGCUCUCCACGAGGCUUGUUCACAGAAUGUAGAUGUGAAGAUCCUGUGAUUAAUGUUCACAUAUGCUUUAAAAAUUAUUGUGACACUUUGAAACCUAAUCUUGAAAAUACAUUAAAUGUUUUCCUCCAUGUACUCAAGGUUUCUACAGCGGAUUAAAAUCAGAUUCGUGUGGUUCCGCGUGACAGUCAUGCACUUUAUGAUUUCUGGAAUGGCACAAGUGAUUCUUUGUCAAAUGUCACAAUUGCACUAUGCUGUCUCCAUGUGGAGGUACAGUUUUCUGGUUCAUCUUGUAAUAGCUUAGUUAAAAACAAAACAGUUUGUCUAUGAGGUUUGUGACAUUUUAUAUGUGGUAUGACAAAUAAAUUAUACU